AUGACAGCCCCGAGUAAAGACGAAGUGUAUGCUAAGGUCAAGAAGGGACUUGAAGCAACUCCCUUUGAGCCUUCUAAGCUGACCCAGCUAGCUGGAGGGUCUGUUAACUUCACCUACGAAGCAGCACUUGCGAAACCACUUGAUGAUGGGGCUAAGACGGUCUUCAUCAAACAUGCGGAGCCCUACAUGAAAGUUCGGCCUGAGACUGCCUUGCCUCCUGAUCUGCCUGAAGCAUAUGUCCGGCAGACACAUUACAGGGGAUUCGAAUCAGAUAGACUUCAUUGCAUUACCAAUCGUACCCCCAAGUACUACAGCUUUAUCGAGGAUAGCUCCACCCAAAUCCUCGAGUAUAUGACCGAGGGCACGACACUCAAAGAGUUUAUACCCAAGUACUUUGGCCACGCUACUACGCCCAAGGAAUCCGAUGCUCGUGAGAUUGGAAAGACUGUGGGCUCUUGGCUCAAGUGGAUUCACCAACUUACUGCCAAUGAUGCAGAAAUGCAUGCCAUUGCUGAAAAGAACGAGCUAGGGCGGUUCUUUAGGCACAUGGUCACUUUUACUUGGCUCAAGGAUCGCGUCGAGCAAUACCCUUCUGUACUGAGUGAUGCCAAAGAAAUCUUUCGAGAAGUGGAACAGGCCGUCACUUCUGAAUUGAGUGACACCAGUAAGCUUCAAGCAAUCCACGGUGAUUUCUGGACUGGAAACAAUACCCAAAGACGGAACAAUGUGACCCUGUUUGUCGUCGACUGGGAAAUGGUACAUCUGAAUGUGCCUCAUGUGGACUUUGGCCUCAUGGUUGCCGGUUUCUAUUACUUUUGGCUUUUUAAGUCCAUGCCCGCAGGACGGUGGAUGAUGGAGAGCAUGGUGGAGGCAUGCGGUCCCCUGACCGAAGAAUUCGCCUUCCGAACGGCCAUCCAGGUCGGAGCACAUUUAGUUUGUGUCAUCACUGAUUUGAACAGAGUGCCUACGGACCAGUUGGAAAAGGCAGCCGCCACUGGCAAGGAGAUUCUUGUGCAUGCUGGAAGAAGGAUCGGGCAUGGUUUGAGAAUAGCGACUUUGCCUGCCUUUUCCGCCAGACAAAGUGAGUAUAAGCAGUUCAAUCAGAGUCUAUUCAAGGCAAAUCUGAACGGUGAUUUGGUUUGA